AUGAACCGCUACUUCACCCAAUACCCCGAAGACGCCGACAAGGCCGUUCUGGCCAUCAAGACCGGCAUCGUGGACAUGCGAACAUUCACCAUGGACGGCUCUCCCGCCGGCGUGCAGAACUUUGUCGACCGUGCGAACAAGAUCCUCGACGGCAAGAAGAUUGGUGUCCUCGGCUGCGGGCGAGCCGACAAGAGCGUCCCCAUCAAAGAUACAGUUGUAGCACUCGCGCAGCUCGUCAUCGAGGGUAAGAUCGGAGGUAUCCAAUUGAGUGAAGUCAGCGCCAGCACGAUCCGGCGCGCGGCAGCAGUAGCCAAGAUCGACAUGGUCGUGACGGAAAUCAGCCUGUGGACAACGGAUGUGCUUGAGAACGGUGUGGCGGAGACUUGCGCAGAACUGGGAAUUCCAAUGGUCGCGCAUACGCCUCUGGGUGCUGGGAUACUGACAGGUCAAAUCAAGAGUCUAUAUGAUAUGCCCGCCAACGACUACCACCGAUUCUUCCCUCGCUUUCAGCCUGAGAACUUUGCGACUAACAUGCAGCUUGUGUCGAAGAUCAAAGGUCUUGCGGGCUUGAAGAAGUGUACCUCAGCACAGUUGGCGUUGUCUUGGAUUAAUUGA